CCAUACAGUGUGUAGUCCUUUUAGCCUGCAGCUCGUGAACUCACUGCACCACUGGCCAGGGGAAACUGGCCAGGGGGUGCUGCGCAACAUGGCCGACCGAAACGAGAAGGAGCCACUGCUAGUGGAGCCGCGAUCUCCUGAUAUUGGACUCCGGCGAGUUGGGGCUUUCAGCAGCAUGUAUAUCGCGGCCACGCCCUUCCUCGGCAUCGGCUCAGCCGUGCUGUACGGCUGCACCGCCGUUUCCAUGAACUUUGUAAACAAGGCCAGCAUGCAGAUGCUGCCGCUGCCCAAUGUGGUCAUGGUGGGCCAAAUGGUGGCCACGUUUCUCCUGCUACACCCCAUGCUAGAGGCUGGGAUGCUGGGCUUCCCAAAGUUCUCAUGGCGCACCUGCCGGCGCCUGUUCUGGAUCACGGUUCUGUACACCGCCAAUGUGGGCUUCGCGCUGUUCGGGCUCAAGACGCUCAACAUCCCCAUGUACAACGUGCUCAAGCGCCUGACGCCCAUGAUGGUGCUCACAGUCAAGUCCAUCAUCCGCAAGCGUUGGCCGCGGCUGGAGAUCUCGCUGUCGGUGCUGCUGGUGGUGGCGGGCUGCGUGGUGGCGGGCAUCGGCGACCUGUCCUUUGACAUGCUGGGCUACCUGUUCGCGCUCCUGUCGUGCACCAUGCAGGCCGCCUACCUGCUGCUGGUGGAGUUCCAGGGCGAGGAGGGCGUGAGCACCAGCGAGAUGCUCUACUACAACGCCAUCACCAGCCUGCCCUUCCUGCUGCUGGUGUGCGCCGCCACCGGCGAGGCCGCGGCGCUGCCCGCCGCCUACUCCGCGGCGGUGGCGGCGCACGGCCCCGUCACGCUGUGGGGCACGCUGGCGUCCUGCUCGUUCUUCGGCUGCCUGCUCAACUUCGCGCUGUUCCUGUGCACCGUCAACAACAGCGCACUCACCACCACCAUCGUGGGAGUCAUCAAGGGUGUGGUAGCUGUGUUCCUUGGCUUCUUCCUGCUGGGCGGCGUCAAGUUCAGUGCCGUCAACGUGGCAGGCAUCAGCCUCAACACCCUGGGUGCCGUUUGGUACACGGUGCUCAAAUACCAGGAGAAGCGCAGUGGAGCCAAGAAGGCACAGCUGGCCUCUGCCAGCACCGACCCGCUGAGCUCCUUCGCCAAGGACGGCGCCUCCAGCGGCAACCUGCUGCUGCCCGCGGCGGCAGGCGGCGGCGUGGCGGCCAGCGCCGCGGGCGGCCUGGCGGGCGGUGACGAGGAAGAGGUGCGGGACGGCGGCUGGGCGGGGCGGCAGCCCGCGGCGGUGCGGCGCCAUGCUGCGGCGUAGGUGGGCUGUCGGGAUAGCUCGUUGUGCCGCUGUUACUGCCCGGUGCGACGACAUACCGUGUUUGUUGUUUGAGGGGGAGCGCCGCCGCCUCAAUCUGCCGACGAAACCCCUCAGCAGCAACCUGGCGGCGAGCAGAGCAGGCGGGGAGUCGAGAACCCGGAAGACAGGACACUGCCGCAAAGAGAUGGCAGCUCAAGGCGGGGGAUUGCGCCGCACUGCGCCACAUGGAUGGGCGGCACCCAAUCCUAUGCGUUGGUUGAAGGCCCGGAUGAAGCCGUGGACUUGGCGAGUAGGGAGAGCGCGGUAGAAGGCGGCAUGGUUGCGUAUCCGCAAGAGUGGCGGGCAGGAUGGGACGCAGAAAGUCAGAAGUCGAACAUUGUCGAACAGUGCCCGCACACGUGCACGUGCCGGGGCCGGCUGCUAGCUUUGCAAGAUUACCAAAUCAAAUCUGUAGGGCUUUGCAUGUUAUUGCGCAAAUGCAAUGAAACGCUGCAAAGGACAAAAGCCCGUGACAAAAACCGAGGAC